AUGGCUGCUGAGAAAAAGGCUGAAAAGCCUAAGCCUAAACCAAAAACAAAUCCAAAACCUCCAGUAUCUGAUGUACAAACUAAGGAUACGCCUACUCCAAAGAAGACCGCUCCCAUUCGACGAUCUUACAUUCAAUUCCCUGGACCUUUUGCCAGAAUAUGGUUGGACUCGAUGAAAGAAAAUGAUCCCAUCUGGUCUUGA